AUGUGGUUUGGCGAAUAUGCCCCGAACGAAAGACUAACCGCCGAGGACUCACAGUCCGUCAAGGUACCUCAUCCUUCAACGGUGAUGCCAGGUCAACCAGGGGAAACAGAAGAGUCAACCACUGAUAUCAAGAACCAGGGCGAGGAGAUACCCGUCAGGAAGGCUGCCGACAAGCCACAAGUUUCAGCCAGUCAAGUGCACACCCAGACAAAGUAUCGAAUGAUCGCCCCGCGACCCAACACGGAGACCUACACCACCCUAACCCCCAAAGAGCUCCACAGGCAGCGCCUGGUAGCAACCCGCAACGAGAUCACCUCGAAACUCGUCGCGAAGUACGACUACUGCCUCGAAUUUGGACGCCGAAUCACGGAGCUGCGGCGACUGUUCGAUACCCUUUGUGAGACUAUCAGCACUGAACAUGCUACCUAUCGCCGCGAGUGGGCCGACGACCUGCAAGAGCAGUUGGACAAGAUGAGACGGUGUGUUGCGCAAGAUCAUGCCGAGCUGAAUGCGCUAAGGGCGAGGCAUCGUGAGGUUACGCUGGAGUUGGAAGGCUUGCCUUGA